AUGGCUAAACAAUAAGGAGCAGGUUCACUUUGGAAUCCAAAUAGUUGGCAUUGGGAGGAGAAAAAUUACACUCCAAUUUCAAAGCAAUUGAUUGAAUCUAAGAUCAAAUCAUGCAAAAUUGAAUCUGGAGAUAUAACUUUGUUCAAUUAGGUUGUGAAGUCAAUCACUGGAGAUGCUUAAGUUAACAUCAGGAAGGGCAAACAAGUUUUGAUUUACGAUUUCGAUAUAGAAGUUGAAUGGCAUGGUGUCAAUUAAGAUCAUGAGGCUGAGGGAACAUAUAAAAUUAAAGACUUGAAUUCUUUGGAUAACGAUUUCGAAAUAAUUCACAUAAGCUGCAAUACUAAAACAGCCAUUUCUGAUAAGUGCAAAGACUUAAUUAAGAAAGACAUGUUCAAAAAAUUAAAAGAAGUCUUCGUCACUUUGAUGCAAGAAAUAGGUUAAUAUGAAUCUGAUCCAGAAAAAUUAAAGAAAGACCAAGAGGCAAGAAAGUUGGCUGAAGAAUAAGUAAGACUUGCUAAAGAAUAAAAUGGAGAAUUGAAAGAAAAGAUCUUUUAUGAACAAAAACUAAAAGAACAAUAAAUGAAAUAAGAGUUCUCUUAAUUUGCAUAAAAAUGAAGUUAUAAAAUAUUUAGAGUUAAUCGUCAUUUAAUUAAUUAUAAAAAUGUUCUUUUAUA